CUUUUUAUAACUGAUUUAACAAGGAAGUUACAUUAAAGCUCAAAUCUGAAUCUGAAUAUUUUCUGCAUUAAAUCUCUUAAUUGAGUUAUUACAGAUUUCAGUACAAGGAAGCGCAAAUGCAAAUUAAAUGUAUAUUCAAAAUAAUACUUUAUUUUAAAUUUCUCUAAUACAAAAAUGGAGUUUAGUGAUAUAAGUAAGGACACACCUAAUACUGAACGCAACAGAAACACUCAUUUAUACGAGAAUACGACUGUUACUAGGGAAACGAUUGAGACAGAUGAAACCAAGUCUACUGACCAAAUCGAAAGAGACGAAGAGAAUUAUGAGCAAUUAAACUUGAACAGCAAAGCAAACAACGAAAAACGUGACAGCAAAGAAAACACACAAAAUCGGAACAAAAUUAUUAUUUCUAUAAUUUUGGGAAUGCUUGUUUUGCUGUAUAUUGCAGUCAUAGUGUUGAUAGUUAUCGUUGCCUUACCGAAAAGUCAAGUUAAUGGAAGAUGGAGUGCGUGGUCAUCAUGGGCAUCCUGUUCCGUUUCCUGUGAUGUUGGUAUCCAGCACCGAAACAGGUCGUGUUCUAACCCAUAUCCUAGUGGCACAGGACAUCAUUGUUUUGGGAAGUCAGUAGAAGACAAAAUAUGUUUGCCUGCAGCUUGUUCUGACGGUGGAUGGAGUAGCUGGGAAAGCUGGGGUACUUGUAGUGCUACUUGUGGCGGAGGAAUACGUACACAGACCCGAACUUGUACAAAUCCGAAACCAUCAUUACUAGGGAAAUCUUGUGAUGGCACUCCGAUACAAGUCAGCAUCUGUAACAAGCAAACAUGUCCUGAUAGCAAAGUAGCUUUCACGGCUUAUGGCAUAUCAGGAAUAAGCACGCCUCUUGUGUUUCCUCAAGUUUUCGAGAAUCAUGGCAACGGGUAUAACAAUUCAACGGGGAAAUUCACGUGCAAAAUCCCGGGAAUAUAUAUUUUUUCAUUUCAAAUUUCAAAACAAUUUUAUCAUAAUACUGAUUUAGUACAAUGUUUCCUUCGUAAAAAUUCAGUGUCUGUCAUAGGCGCUAUUCAGGAUCCAUACUAUCAGUCAGCUUUCAACAAUGACUUAAGUGGUUAUUCAUUAAGUUUGUCAGGAACAUUUCAUUUAAAUAUAAACGACACUGUCAAUGUUGGACAAUGUAGUGGAAUCAGUACUGUCUAUCCUGACUACAGAUCCUCAUUUACUGGAGUGCUCGUGACACCCGACAACUGAUAAUUACUUUCAUAUUUAUUUGACUGUUGACAAAAGUUUGUUUUCUGCAAUGGUUUUAUUUACUAUUGUAAACGGUUUUAUUUACUAUUGUAAAGAUACACCAUCUAGUAAAUUUCCGAAUAUUAUAAAUAAACUGAUAUAGCUCCUGUUAAAAAGAUAAAAACGGUAAAAUGUGUAUACGGGAUAAUUGAAAAAAAAAGAGUCAUUGUUACUAAAAGGUAAUGGGCACAGUUAUGAUAGCUCUACGGGAAAUCAAUGUGCAUAGUUCCGAAAAUAAAUAUGUAUCAAAUCUGAUUUAGGAAAAUAUUUUUUAUGAAAAAAAUCAAUUUUUGUCUCAGGCUAUAUUUUGCUAUUGUCUUCUUUGGACACCUGUAAAAUUUACCCUUUUUCUAAUAUUAUCUAUUGCGUUUUUAAGGAUCCAUACAAUUUCGGAGGCGUUAGUUGUUAUGAUUUGUUGUUAUUUUAUAAAUUUGCUGACUUUUUGUAGAGCUGUAACCACAUCAAGGAACAGACAAUGUUAAAAAGAAAUUUAUAGAUACAUUUAAAAUUUAAAGAUGCAUAUUAAAAUUCUUUUUACUCAUACAUAUAGUAAAGUGUAGUAUUUUAAACCUAACACGAAGUACUGUUUAUACACACAAACUUGUAUUUAUCUUAUUACUAUAUCUUAUACUAUUACUUUAUGUUGGUUUCAGUUUGUAGUAAAUAUUUUGUAUUUGCUAUUGUUAAACAAAGACUUUCAAAUUACGAAUAUCGUUUUAAUUACUGUAUCAGUAACAGAUAAUGUUGUUCACUAACUGUCGGUGCAGAUCGAAAUAUCUGAUUCGAGGGUAACUGUUAAGGCGGUUACGGGGCUCUUAAAUCUUAAGCCCCAGCCCCCAAAUGCUAUAAAAUCCGUAUUAAUGAAUCUCCCGUUCAAACAAAGCUACAUCGAUUUCUCAGUUGUUAGGGUACUGAUGGAAGUCCUUAUGUUGCCUUAUAUUUGGAUAAAGUAUAUCCCAAUUGUACACUGUGGGUGAAAAAAGAUAUCUCACUGUCUAUUAGUCUGAGAAGAAAUGUAAUAUAACAGAUGGCUUACUUUAAGCACUUGAUGUGUGUAUUCAGAUCCUCAACUUUGCAAAAAUUAUUUGUUUGAAUACCGUAUUUUCCAAAUAAUAGAAUAAAUAAAUCAAAUAAAACGAACGACUUUCUUUAUAGCACUGUCUUUUCAUAGUGGCAUAUUUCAAAGAAACGCGGGGAGUUAACGUCGUCAAAAAGGCACAACAGUGUAGAGAUCCAUUUGGAUUUAUUCUAUGUAGCGUAACGUAAUGUAUUUUAAAAUUUAUAAAAAAUAUUUUCUGGAUAUAGAAAUUUACAUAUACUAUAAGGAAAAAAAGAGAGCAAUUACCAAGGUGUUUGACAUUUAUUUAGUUUUCAAUAAAUCUGUAUUGUCGGCUUUGCUCGAGAGAUCACGCCUAUUAGGAGAGCACUUGCACUAAGACACACUGUUCAAGAUUUCGUUUGCGUUCUGUGAAAACAAAUUAUGCUGCAUUCAGAUACCAUGUGUGUUGAGAGGCCACUUUUCCCUUUCCCUUAGGUGGUCUUUCAAUGCAAGUUGUACUGUACAGAUAAUACAUGAAUCUUCUACAUAAAUGUAGUUCGAUAGAUGUCUUUUACAGCAUGGGAGUCAUCCGGUAUGGGGCAAUGCCAAAUGGGAUUUCUUGACAUUGUUAUCACAGGAAACUCUUGUUCUGUAUGCAAGAAUAUACAGCAUUGUAUUUGUUUAUGUGUUACCUAUCUUACAAGUCCCGAUUCAGUUGAAAUAUAGAUAGGGCGCAAAAUGAAUAUUUCUUAUUAAUUAACAGUGAUUGAUUUCAGCUGUAAAAUGCACGGAUGUAUAUCAUUUGUACUGUUUUGUUUGUUUGUUUGUUUUGGGUUUAACGCCGUUUUUCAACAGUAUUGUAAAAAAUUCUUAUCUUAAUAAGUUUAGUAUGCAGCCGGGGUAAGACAUGACACUCUUUUAUGAAGGUAUUUUCACAUGAUUUAAGGAUAUGGGAUCAAAUUUGUUCUACUGAUAAGAAUUUUUGAUUUCUUCAAUUCUCUGCGAGCCUGAAAAAACAUUAGUUUCUAAGACAAAUAAGGGCAGAAAAAGCACAAGUCACCGAACUCGUUUUUAUUUUAUAGGGCAUUUCCUUCGCCUAAUGUUCAAGCAUUUCUGAAAUUAAGUAAAAUUGAAAAGAAAUAUGUACUUUAUAAAACAUAUAAUAUCCUACAUAAGUUUAUAGGGAUUUCAGGUCUUACAGGUUAUUAUAAAUACAAAGUGAUAUCAGUCUUAUAUAAGCAUAAAUGUCACUAACAAAUCUCUUCCAUUUUUACAUGUUUGCAUAAUUACCUUACCAACUAAUUUUUCAAUGGGAAAAACGUAUAUAUAUAAUAUAUCCAUAAAAAAAUUCUGCUGUUAAGAUUUUAAAAAUAUUUUUCUGCUUUAAUGACACGCAAAAAUACUUCAAAAUGGAAAGCAAAAAAGUUGGGGUAACCGUGUAUGUAGGAGAUAUAUUUAGAAAUAAAACUUUUAAAACUGGUAAAAUUUUAUAUCUUUAAUUCUUAUUGUUUUAAUUUAUACUUCCUAGAUAAAACAAAGUGCUAUGUUGAAAACUUUGAUUUCAGUUGUAGUUUAUCAUUGUACAUCCACAUCAAUUUUAGGCAAAUGCCAGCCAAAAAUAAUGAUGAAAAAAAAAAUCGCAAAAAGUAUAAUUUGUUUGAUUAAAUGGUUCGUUUUUAGCGAUAUUUUAGUUAUUUAGCAUUAAUUUUUGGCAUAAAUUUUGUCAGAAAGAAAUUUUCGAAAAAAAAAAAUUUUUCAAAUGGCGCAUACCCUGAAAGAAAACGCUCGUACAUCCUUAACAAAGAAUCUCAGUAGUUAUAAACUGUUAUACAUAUAUAGAGUUCAGUGAAAAACAUUGCGUUAAUAUGAUCAAAUCUCUUGAGUUGCUCAGUCAAAUGUGCCUCAAUAGCCUAGUGGUAGAGCGUCCGCUUCGAGAACGGAAGGUAGUGGGUUCGAUCCCCAGCCGCAUCGUACCAAAGACGUGAAAAAUGGUACCAGUAGCUCCUUUGCUUCCAUCAGGAAUGAGGUGUCGAGAGUGAUAAAUAUAAGUUGUAGAACUUGUUUCACAAUCGACCUAAAAUGAAUUCGUAUAGUAUCAAAUGUGCAACAAAAAACAACAUUGCAUCUUAUAAAAAAAGCUAGAAAUAAAUAUUCAAAAUUCUGUUAUAACAAAAUAGAGAUUAGUGAUUUAAGUACGACAAAUCUAAAGUCCGUGCCACCUUUACAUUUACCUCGUUUCUGAGUUAUCCAUGUCUGUUAAGUUGUGCAGAAAAGCAUUUUUAUACACCGUACAUCAAUAUCUCUAGACCUCUUUUUCAUUUUUUUUUCAAUAAAAUUUAUUUAAAAAAAGAUCUUACUUUUUUGUCUUUCCGCGUAUACCGU